AUGGCGGAAGAAGCUACACAACCCGAGCGUGCUGCCUCGCCCCAGGAAUGGGCGUCGCCCACCCCGCCUGUCAGCCAGGUCCCGGGGCUCGACAACUCGUCGACCUCUUCAUCCUCGGUAUCCGGCAUGUCGGCGGGGUCGCGGCGCUCGUGGGGUGGCUUGCCCAACAGCCGAAGAGGAUACCUGCGCCCCGAGGGCACUUCGUUUGCGGACUCGGCGAAGAACAGAGAGAGCGUCAUGAGCCUGGGCACCAUUGCCCACUUGCAGUACUACUUCGCAAGGACCGGCUUGCUGGACUCCAAGGGCGGCCGUGUUGCCAAAGAGACCAAACGCAAGAAGAGCAACAACGCAAUUGAGGGCGUCCACACCACCGCCGACCGCGCUUACGAAGCCUUCCUGUCCUCGCAAGACGACAACAAGCGCUCGUCGUGCGCCAUCUCCGACGAUGGUUACCUGAGUGAAUCUGCCACCGAUGUGCCCUUUGUGGAAAGCCCCGUAGGCGAAGACUUCGAGACUCACGUCGAAUAUGAGCCCGCCCCCAUGCUCCCCCCAACCGUCAGCACAUAUAAAAACAAAGUCCUGUACACGCCGCCGCCGCCAGACAUUAUUGUUCUGCGGAGAGAGCUUAGAGAAGCCCUCGACGAUGCUAAGCAGGUGCUUGCCGGCACCGAGCGCCCCGACACCAUUGCGAGGUACAAACGCAAGGCAGCACAGACUGAGAAAUUUGCGGCCGAAGCGGCCGAAAAGAGGAAGCAAGAAGAUGCAGCCGGUAAUGCGUCGCCGGAGGCUGAGCAAGACCCGCUGCCGCUCCCGCAGGGCUGGACGGAGAUCCAGGGUCUCCACGUUCUUGACAGCGUUACCCUUGCAAUCCGGGCCGCGAAGAACUACUACACCACCCAUGAACAGCCCGAACGCCUGUACUCGAUCAAGCCUGAGAAAACCAUCAGGAAAGAGCUGUACCAGACCCUGGAGGUGCUGAAGCGGAUGGCAGGGCGUGAUUUCGAGGGUGGCAUCCGGGACGACGAGCGGCAUAGCAUCAACGGAUGGAUCAACGACAUCGAGCAACUGUUGGACGCCGAGCAAAGGAAGGAAGAACAAGAGCAGCUGGAUCGCGAGAAGUGGAGCUGGAUCUCAGGUGAUUGGACGGGCAAGGAGCGUGAGAGAGAGUGGCUCUUCCUCAAGUCGUUCGAUCCCCACCCGGAAGACGAACUGCCGUCGUGGACGGCUCCGGAAGAAGCGAGCGAGCUGCCGACGCCGUUUCUCAAAGCACUGAGCGACGGCCUUAAGCUUGUCCGCCUGCACAACAAUCUUGUCCGGAAGUCGAAACGCCAGUUCGAGGAGAUCAAGUCUUACCACCGAGACACGUCGCUGCCCUACCGGUGCGCGGAGAACCUGCGCUAUUGGGUCAAGGCGGCAGAGCUACGGUGGGAGGUUAAGCUCAAGCUGGACGUGAUGGAGGUGGUGCACGGGGAGAGUGGCGAGGCGUGGAAGAGCUUCGACCAGGCCAUCAUGAAGUGGUGCAAGGGGGUGCGGGAGGAGAUUACUAUGGAGUGGAAGCAGGCGCGGCUCAAGACGAUGACGCUGCCGCCGAUGCUGAAGAUUGACGCGGAGACGAUGGCGUAG